AUGGAGUUAUCAGAGGAUGAGGUUAAGGUCAUGGUAGAGGAGGUUCUUGUGUCGUUUGCUUUAGUUCAUGUGCCAACAGAUGAUGUAUAUAUUGCGGCUCAGGAAAAUCUUCAACCAAAUAAGAUUCCUCACUCUUUGGAAGAUCCUCUUGGUGCAUUACUCCAACUUGCUCAAAUCAUAGAUGAUAAGCCGAUGCAGAAUGAGAUUUCUGAAGGCCAUGUUUAUGCCAUACAAAAUUUCAGUGUUGCUCCGAAUUCUGGAAUAUACAGAACAACACACCACCCUUAUAAGAUAAAUUUCCAGUUUGGUACAAAAGUUUCUUUGCUUAAUGUUAAUUUCGUUCCUGAUAUGAAACCACAAUACACACCUUUGUCCUUAUUGACAACCACUGCAUUUGAUACUGAUUAUUUAGUUGAUAUCUUGGGAUUACUGGUCAGAGUGGGGACUGAAAGAGAAUUGCAAGUUGAUGGAAAGACAACAAAAUUAAAUGUCAUAGCAAUAGAAGCUGAUGGGUAUUUUAUAUCUAUACUAUACUAA